GAAUUAUCAAUUGAUUAUUUGUGAUAACUUUUCCUCCGUCAUAGUUAAUCACAAUAAUCCUAAUCACUUACUUUUAACACUCGAAACAAAGAUAUGCUCUACCAACUAAAAAUCUCUCUCUCUCUUUCUCUCUGUAAAAGAAUUAGAAAAAAAUUCUGUGCCAGGAACUCGAACAAUCUAUUUAUAUUUACAGACAGGAGAGAGAGAAGAGGAAGAUGGGGAAGAAAGAAAGAGAGUAAAAGAAAGAGCAGAAAGAGAAUGUUUAGAAAAGAAAGAGAAAGAAAGAGAAAACGCUUGAUAAACAAAAGGGUUUCUAUUCUCACCCUGCCAAUCUAAAUUUCUUUUCUUUUCUUUUCUUUUUUCUUUUCUUUGUGAAGUGAUUUACUUGUAUUUCUUAAAGACUAAUUAUUGUGGUCAAUUAAAUGGAAAACAAUUAAGAAAAAGACAGAAAUGAUUCACCUUCAAUCAACGUGUAUCUUAAAUGGUGUUUAAUGUUUGCCUCAUCAUCACUUUGCUCACCCAACUAUCAUCAUCUUCAUCACCACUGCCAUCAUCAUUGUUAGAAAGGCAAUCUCGCUUUUGUCUUUUAAUUCCAAGUUAAUUGUGAUUCAUAAUCAAUUAAAUCACUUUUGAUUCUUUUUCUAAUCUCAUCUUCAACGGAUCAACACCAAACAAGCAGAAACACUCAUCACAUUUACUCAUAAAAAAAUGGCUUCCAAAGGACCAAUGGUUCAAGGUACUGAUGGAAGUGAUCAUCUUCAUCGCCAAACAAUUGCCCUUCACUAUUCACAAAGUGUUAUUAACAAAUCAAGGUUGAAAUGGUCAAUUAUUAUGCACUAUUUGUUGUGUGGUUUGAUGUUGGCUAAAUUAUCAGAUGAUAUUUUAGAUCGUUUUGAUGUAUUCAUCUUGGAAUUACAACAACUUUAUAUACCUAAGCCUCUUCUAUGGGAAUGGAUAUGGACUUUAUCUGUGUUGUUCAAUUUCAUUGCUCGCAAAGCGAUGAGGAAAAACAAUGCCGCUUCCAUGAAAUUUUACCUUUUCACCCUUAACCUUACCGCUAUUUUCCCCGUUUUCUAUGCCCUCAUAAUCUAUUUCUCCGAUUUUUGGUCUUACGUUGACUCUCGAGAGGUUUCAAAGGUCACUCAUGUUUGGAACAAGUUCCCACUGGCAGUCAUCUGGUAUGGAUUCCUACUUGUUGCCUUACAAGUUCAUUUGGCUCAAUUUGUGUUCGCUUAUAAAUUAAUUAAGAUUUGGUCUUUAAAGAAAAGAAGAGAUUAACAAGAGAAUACAAAUAGUGUUUACAAAUA